AAUAAACGCCCCAUUUCACUGAUUUUGUGUUAAUCGAUUGAGUGUUGUUUUAGCAGAGAGAGAAAUGGGGAAACCAUUGGGAACUACCGGAGAAUUCUUCAAGAGGAGAGAUGAAUGGAGGAAGCAUCCGAUGCUUAGCAAUCAAUUCCGGCACGCAUUACCUGGCCUUGGCAUAGCAGUCGUCGCCUUUGGUAUCUAUCUCGUCGGUGAACAAGUUUACGACAAGUUUUACGCUCCUUCCUCUUCUCACCACCAAUCUUCUUCUUCUCACUCUCACUGAUCUCGCUGCUUCUCAGAUGGGGAUUGCUGGAAUGUGAAAGCAUGGAUCGUCCUGCAUUCUGUUUUCGUCUUCAGUUACUUGGUUCAAUAAGUGCUCAGUAUUGAGACGUGAACUUGUAUCUAAAUUGUUCCAUAGAUGCUGGCAGUUUUAAAUUUUAAUGUGGAACAAGGUUUAAUCAUUUUACAUUUUUCCUGUCUUAUUUGUUGAUACAGAUAUUAGUUGGUAUUCUAAUGCUAAAUCCAUCCAAAAGUCCUACUAGCUUUCAUUUAAA